AUGCUGCAGAACCACGUCAGUGCCGAUGUGGCAAACAGACAAGACCAAGGCUUUGCUGUCAAGCAGUAUGCCAAAGUGCUGGAUAUGCUGCAAAUGCAGCUGCCCAGGACCGAAAAGCGGCUGCUUCGGAACGGGCUCAUUGUUUGUGUCCUUGCGACGGCGUUUGAGCUUGUUCAGGGGAAUCACAAAGCGGCGGCGACUCACCUCAGGAAUGGGUUUAUUCUUGUCCGUCGGGCGCAGAACUGCGGGUAUGAAGUUGGGCCUGAUUUGGCUGAGCCGUUUACUCGAGCUUACAUGCAGUCGAUUCUCUUAGAGGGAUCAAGCAGUUUGUCGGACCUGACAAAGGAGGCCUGGAUAUCGACUGAGAUGCCAAAGACCUUUGGGUCCUUUCGCGAAGCCAGGCAUCACCUCGACAUGUUACUCAUUGGCGCUGUACAACUCUCGGAGGACUUUGAAUCGGACAAUUACAGAUGUCCAGGCGAUAUCCAUCAGCUUGCCACUCUAGAGCGAGCUUCAUCGGCUUGGAUACGUGCAUACGAAGCAAGUCUCCAGGACCUACUGUCCCAGUCGAACCAUCGCACAAUCUACGGCGUCUUUCUGCUUCGUAUGUUCCACACCAUGGCAUCCAUCAUGAUCUCUACAACCCAGGCCCCUCACGAAUGUGUCUUUGACAAACACAUUGAACAAUUUGCAUCCAUCAUCGACCAAACGUUGAAAAUGUGGAACAUGAACGGAUUCGCUGUGGGUGGCCCCUUCGAGGGUCACCGUAGCGUCACCGGGCCUAGAGUGACUUUUGACCUCGGCAUCAUAUCUCCCUUGUAUUACACGGCUGUAAAGUGCCGCAACCCGAGACUCAGACGACAAGCUAUUGGUUUGCUCACAGUGGCUCCAUACAGAGAAGGCAUCUGGAGUAGUGUUGUGGUCGCCAAGAUUGCGCGUGUGGUGGUCGACAUGGAAGAAAACGGCUUCUAUGCAGGUGUCCAGUUUGAAGAGGAUUCACUGGCUCCUACUGAUGCAGAGAGAUAUGGCAGCUUGCCUAUACUUCCAGAAGCAAACAGAUUCCGCACGGUACGGGUGUCCGUCGGGGAGGAGACGGGAGGACGGGGGAUACUCAGCUGCAAGAAAGCGUCCAGAGCUGGGCUUUGGGUUGAAGGAAGAGUGGAAUUUGACUUUGCAGAUUACUUUGAGAUAUAG